AUGGCCUCGCAAACUACAUACGGUGCCCCGGGACCGGAGCCCACAGCGAAGGAUAAGGUACUCGAAACUGGCGCCGCCGCGACCCAAUCGUUCGGACCCAUCAAAGCAAUCUGCGCACAUCUGAAUGCCUUCCAUCUCUAUGCUUCCGACAUGUCUCGGCCGGUUGAGGCGAAUCAUUAUUGUACGCACCUGAGUGCUGAUGUGAGGCAAUGCCUCAUAUAUAACGCCCCCAGCAACCCGGCGAGGUUAAUUGGCGUGGAAUAUAUGAUCACUCAGCGAUUAUACGACGCGCUCGAUGAAGAAGAGAAGAAACUGUGGCAUGAUCAUCACUAUGAAGUCAGUAGUGGCAUGCUCAUAAUGCCCAACUCGAACGUCCCCGAGGCAUUAUGGGAGAAAGCAGAAACAGCUGAGAUGAAGGAGGUGAAGGGAUUAUGGGGGAAAACAUAUCAUUUCUGGCAGGUUGAUCGGGGAGAUACGCUACCACUUGGAAAACCGGAAUUGAUGAUGAGCGCUACUAAGGAUGGACAGUUAACCGUCGCUGUCGACCAGCCAGCCAAACGCCGCGCUCCGGCGCUGGCCGAGGCCCCUUCCGCGCCGAAGCCUCGACAAUCCAAGCUCGCAAAAGAGCACAAUAUCACGAGCGUAGAAGAGAACGAAAUACGCGAGGCAUUUACAUUAUUUUCUAAGCCAAAGAAAGGGGAGAAAGAAGGCAUAAUACCGGUUGGCGAUGUGCGGAGAGCUAUGAUCGCAUUAGACAUCGUACCUACCCCAAACGAACUCGAAGAAUUUAUCUCCAUUUUAGACCCAGAUGAGGAAGGGUUUGCAGAAUAUGAGCCCUUUGUUGCGAUCUGUGCGCUCAAGUUCCAUGCCCGCGAUCGUACGUCCGAUUCGCACACACAGGAAGUCGAUGAGGCGUUCAAGCUUUUUACAAGCAGCGGAGGAGAGGGCAAAAUUACGAUAGCUACCUUGAGAAGUAUUGCCAAUGCUCUUAAGGAGGAUGUUGAUGAUGAGCUUCUGAGGGAUAUGAUAAUAGAGGCGAAUGGGGGCGCUGGCGUGGGAAAAGGCGUAGAGAAGGCCGAGUUUGAGGAAGUUAUGAGACGGGCUGGAGUGUGGAGAUAA